UCUUGAAAACUUGUCAACGCAAUGUCUCAUGGGAGUUUUAUCCAGCACGCAUGUCGCAUGAGUAAACCCACUGACCAAAAAACAUGUGGCUCAAUUCGUCGCUAAGCAGCAAAAAGAUAAUCUUUCCAAAAUGCCACCAAAACCAGCUGCUGGAAAGGGGAAACCCAAGAGCGGUAAACUGAGCAAAGCCGAGAAGGAAAAAAUCAAGAAAGAGGAAGCAGAAAGAAAGGCAAAAGAGGAGGAGGAAGCAAGAUUACUAGAAGAACAGGAAAAGCGGGAAAGGGAAGAGAAGGAAAGACUUGAACAAGAAGAACGAGAGAGGCUUUGGGAAGAGGAGAAAGCAAGACAUCAAGUAGAGCUUGAUGAGGUACAGGAAUUACUGGACAACAUUGAACAGCAAUUGACAAACCUUGAAGUUCAACAACGAGAAAAGGCCAAGUGGGAUAGAUACAUGCUGUGUGACGGUAGUCCUGAUCCCCUGGUAGAGCCUGAGCUUAACACAUUCCUGCACUUGGCAAAGGAUGAGUCCAAUCAGAAACCUGUAAAGGAAGUCCUACAGGAGUGUGAAGAUAUACUCAAGCUGAUUUCAGAGCUAGAGAAGUAUAUUUCAGAUGCAAUCAAAGAUGAUGUUUCUGAUGAAGAAUUGCAGCAGCAUAAAAAGUCAGUAACCAAGCUACAAGAAUUGUUGAACUUUGUUUUGGAUAGAGCUACAAUGCACUUACUUCAGAAUGCUUCAGAGCAUAUUGAUCCUGAAUCCCAGAACUUACAGUUCAAAUGUCAGUCAGAGCAUGAGAUAUUGUGUAUGUGGGGAAACAUUGUUAAGAAUCCAAGGUUGAAAUGUGUCAAGUUUGAUAGUCAUGAUUUCUCAGUUGAAAUCCCUAAAGCGCUAGCAGUGGGGGAAAUCUCCAUGCGUCUGCUCCUAACCUACUAUGACCAUCUAAGCCCUUUGGCCAAAUCGUAUCUACCAAAGGUUGUAAAGCUGCCAGAGGUAGUAGUGGAGGGCCCCCAAGAAAGUGAGGAAAAUCAAGACCAGGAGCAGGAAGAAGAAGAAGCUGGGAAAGAACGAGAGACAGAGGAAUCCAUUCGAGAUGUGGCUACUCCCAAAUCUGCAUCAAGAAUUAGCCGGGCCAGCAAAGCUAGUCGACGCAAGAGUGGAAGAACUGGCAGCAGCAAAAGCAACAAAAGCCGCAAGACUAGUGCAAAGAGUGCAAGGAGCCAAGCAAGCGAAUCAGAGAGCCAGAAAGAGGUGAACAAGGAGGCAGAGACGGAAGAAGGUGCUGCUGAUGAGACAAAGGCUGAAGGUGAAGAAGCAAAGGCUGUAGAUGCCACACCCCUUACUGAGUACAUUGAUGACGAUGAAGAUGAUGAUGAUGUUGUGGACCUCCGAGCAUUUGGUGUGGUUGGACCAAUUAUGAACCUAGAACUAUUUGAGCUCCCACCCCAGCCUAAACAUGUCAAGAAUUGGGUGAUGCAACAAAUUGUUCCUCCCAAUCUGGUGCGUGUACCAUACCAAACAGAGAAUGAGACUCUGCCAGUGCACUCAGCUACUGGCUCAGCCCCAGGCACACCCGGGUCAGCCUCUGCUACCAACCUUCCUGCCGCUAACCCACCUCUAGCCAUCAAAUUCCAAUUGCCCGAGACUGUUGUGUAUUUUGAGCAGCCACAAAUAGCACAUUGGGAACCAGUUAAAAAGCAUUGGCGGAUAGAUGGAAUUGAUGAUAUCCAGUAUAAUGAAGAGGAAAGAACAGUCUCUUUCAAAAUUGCUGACUUUGGCCCCAUUGCUACUGUUCAGGACCUAUAUCUCAACAUGCCUUUCCAAUCAUGGGAAAUCCGUCCAUGCAAGCAGAAUAGUUGCCUGUUCACCUUGAUUGCAGCUAUUAUUGAACUGGAGAUUGAGAUCAAGGAUGCUUUGUGUUGUGUAACCCAACCUGAGGACUUGGCUCAAAUUGAUCAUUUCAAAGGGAAAUGGAUGACACCCCAAGAGCUAAUAAAGACAUUACAGAGGGCAGGAAUCAAUGUGUUCCCAGCUGUAGAUGCUGAAAAGUAUGUCAGUAUCAACAAAAAGGAUUCUGCCCUGGAGACUACAAUCUAUAAGGAGAUGGCGCUGCUUGCCUCAUCUGUGGGUUUCAGCUGGAGUAAAUGGAAUGCAGACUCUGGAGAAGACAAAAUUGUACUCCAGGCGGCUGAGCAGCUGGAAGAUGAUGUCAUACUUGAGGAGGACUGGUCCCUCUAUCUUGUUACUACACGCAGCUCUUGUAAGCUGAAGUUGAAGGAAGAGGAUAGUGAGUUCUCUGAGACUAAUGCAGACAAUACUCAGCUGCAUUCCAAUCUAUAUCACAUGAUCAGGGAUGAUACGACUCCUGAGGCCUUGCAACGAAUUAAAGAGUCUAACUUCCUGUUUGUAGACUGUGUUUAUCAGCUGCUGUCAGCUACAAAGAUUAUCACAUAUUCAUAGUGUUAUCAUCAUCACAUUAUGAACACUGUAAAAUAUCAUUCUCCAAUGUCACUGAUAAAGACAAGGUCUAAGAAUGGUUUAUUCUGUCUUAGAAUGUACAAAGUAAAUUUUGUAAAUAAAACAGCAAAAUUGAAUCUAAA